AUGAAGCCCCCCGACCCGUUCCCUUCCCCUUCCCCUGGCGAUGCCGGCGGCGGCACUACACCUCCACCGCCGAUCUCCCUCUUCAGUCCACAGCUCCCCCUUCCGAACCCAGACCCACAAUCCCCCAGGCCCGAUCUACUUCCUGGCAGGCUUGCUUGCACUAUCCUUGACGGUGGCGGCCGCGAUGGGCAUGGUGACGCUGCGCCGCCGCGGGUCGCUGGCGCUACUGCCCACUCGUCAUCGCCGUCUUCGUUGCCGGGGGUCGCGCCGGUGGCCUUCGCUGGUCCCGCUGCAGCUGCCUCGGGGCCCGUCACCUCCGGACCUGCCUCUCCGUCCCCGUCCUCACCGUCUUCGAUGCCGGGAGCCGUCGUUGCUGCAGCCGGCGGCACCUCCACUGCCGUGGUCCGCGAGGUCGACGACGCUGCUGCCCCUGCGACGGGGCACGCGCCUGUGCCCGGCUCCCGCGUGCCUGCCAGCCUCUACGUCGACGCCUGCCACAUCCGGCCGGCGAGCGCGCAGGCGCCGGCGCCAUCCACCCGCCCGCCGGCAGCCACUCCGGCGCCGGCGGCCACCACUUCAUCAACUGUUCCAGCGCCAGCCACCUCCGUCGUCAGGCUGCGCAUCGCCCUCCUCGUGUCGACCCUGAUGGUUGGCAACGAGUGGAGAGGCGGCGCGCACUUCCUCGGGACCUUCGGGAGCGGCCUUCUCAGCCGGAAGCGCCGCCGCAGCGAUGCUUCCCCAAGGUGCUUGAUGGACGAUGCUUGA